CCAAACUGCAACAGUUAGACGGAGAGCUGACCGCCGCAGCAUGCAGCCGCCACCCAGGAAGGUAAAGGAAAGCCAGCAGCUCAAAGUGCUGUUCUCAGAGCAGCUCAGCAAACUGCAGAGCAAACAGCAGCAGGACACCGAGCUGCUGGAGGAGAUCAGGUCCUUCAGCAAGCAGAGAGCAGCUAUAGAGAAGGAGUACGGUCAGGCUCUUCAGAGGUUGGCUGUCCAGUUCCAAAAGAAGGAUUGGCAGAGAGGGAAUAUGGACGCCGUGGUUACUGGGAGUGUGUUUGCUGUAUGGAGAUCCGUGGUGGACGCCGCCGCUCAGGCUGCAGCCUCUCGACUUGCUGCUGCAGAGGAAUACCGCAGACUUACUGGACAAACCUCCAAAAGUAUUCACAAUGCCAAGGAAACUGGGGCCAAAAGAGGCCUGGAGAGACUGCAGAAGGUGCAGGGGGAGGUGGUGGAGGCCCUACGGGAGCUGCACAGGGUCAAGAAGAGCUACCUCCAUCUGAGCAACGUUGCCAGUGUAGCUAGAGAGAAAGCAGCUGAGGCACAGAGCAGACCUAGAAAGAGUGAACAUGGGAUAUUCCACUUCAGACCAGGUCUUCAUAAGAUGACAGUGAAGCUCAAUGCCAGGAUGAAGGAGUGUGAGCAGCGUUUGAACGAAGCUCGGAAUGAGUAUCUGCUGACACUGGCAGCGGUCAACGCACAUCAGCAGCAUUACCACGCUCACGACCUUCCACUCCUGAUGCAGCAAAUGGACGGGGAAGUUUACGAUGAUUUGAGGCACCACUUCGCCCGCCUGUGUGGGACAGAGAUGGACGCCUGUCUGGCGACGCACGAGCCGUUCAGCAGGAUCUGGGAUUGUGUUGCUAAGGUGACCAGAGAGAGGAACGUUCAGCAGCUUCUGCAGGAAUCAGAUUCCUUCAGAAAAACAUCUGACUUCAUCUUCCAGCCUGAUCCGCAGGACAUGGUAUCUGCCCUGCAGGACAUUCAAGGCCCUGAAGGAGAAAGCUGUUUGGUGAAGGAGGCCAAGAAAUGGGCUACUAAGGCUGCUAAGGACUAUAAGAUCAUCACCCAUGGUGAAAGGGCUCUAGAGAUGCUGGAGAGUCGCCUGAAGCUGCUGUCAGGGGAGACGGGGCUCAGUGUGGAGCAGAAGAUCUCAGAGGUUCAGGAGACUGUCAGAAAAGCAAAGCUCAGCAGGGUGAAAGCAGAGGCUCGCCUAACUCUUCUGGCCCACAGUGUCGCAGGCAUCGAACAGUGGCUGCACAAUGCCAUGCACCAGGCAGAGGAGGAACUGGAGACAGAGAGACGCCUCAGCGAGCAGAGAAGGUCCACAGAGGAGUUCUCAGAGGAUGAGUUGGAGCUUACUGAUUUUGAGGUUUAUGAGGAUGAGAAAGGAGACAUAUUUGCAGAUCCCAUGUCUCCCUCUGGCACCUGCGUGUAUCCUGCAGCCUGCAGAGUGAUUUACAGCUAUCAGGCGAGCCAAUCAGAUGAGCUAUCGGUCACAGAGGGGGAGGAGCUUCAUAUCAUUGAAGAUGGAGAUGUGGAGGACUGGCUAAAGGUGUGUAACUCCUGUGGCCAGAUGGGCUACAUUCCUGAGCAGUAUGUGAAGGUCCUGUGUCUGCCAGCAGAGGGCAGUGCUCAGCUGGAUGGCUCCUUCAGUUCCACCUCAUCCUCAGGGAACAAGGAGCGAGCAG